AUGAUGAAGAAGCACUACAAACCAAUUCUCUCUCAGCUAGAGAAUUGCAGAUCAUUGGUGGAACUGAAUCAACUCCAUGGUUUAAUGAUCAAAUCCUCAGUUAUCAGAAACGUCAUUCCUCUAAGCCGACUCAUAGAUUUCUGCACUACUUGUCCUGAGACUAUGAAUCUCAGCUACGCGAGAUCAGUUUUCGAAAGUAUCGAUUGUCCAAGUGUUUAUAUAUGGAACUCUAUGAUCAGAGGCUACUCAAACAGUCCAAAUCCAGAUAAAGCAUUGAUCUUUUACCAAGAAAUGCUUCGAAAAGGUUAUUCUCCGGAUUAUUUCACUUUUCCUUAUGUUCUUAAGGCUUGUUCUGGGUUAAGGGAUAUUCAAUUCGGGAGUUGUGUUCAUGGGUUUGUUGUGAAAACUGGGUUUGAAGUGAAUAUGUAUGUUUCUACUUGCUUGCUUCAUAUGUAUAUGUGUUGUGGAGAAGUGAAUUAUGGUUUGAGAGUUUUUGAGGAUAUUCCUCAGUGGAACGUUGUUGCUUGGGGAAGUUUGAUUUCUGGUUUUGUGAAUAACAAUCGGUUUAGUGACGCUAUUGAGGCGUUUAGGGAGAUGCAGAGUAAUGGUGUGAAGGCAAAUGAGACAAUAAUGGUGGAUCUUUUGGUUGCUUGUGGUAGAUGUAAAGACAUUGUGACUGGGAAAUGGUUUCAUGGGUUUCUUCAAGGAUUAGGCUUUGAUCCAUAUUUUCAGUCCAAAGUUGGAUUCAAUGUGAUUUUGGCUACAAGUCUCAUUGAUAUGUAUGCUAAAUGUGGAGAUCUGAGAACUGCGAGGUAUCUGUUCGAUGGAAUGCCUGAGAGAACCUUGGUUUCUUGGAACUCCAUCAUUACAGGGUAUAGUCAGAACGGUGAUGCAGAGGAAGCACUGUGUAUGUUUUUGGAUAUGCUUGAUUUGGGUAUAGCUCCUGAUAAAGUAACCUUUUUGAGUGUUAUCAGAGCUUCCAUGAUCCAAGGAUGUUCACAAUUGGGACAAUCGAUUCACGCUUAUGUAUCGAAAACCGGCUUUGUGAAGGAUGCUGCCAUAGUUUGUGCACUUGUAAAUAUGUAUGCUAAAACCGGUGAUGCUGAGAGCGCAAAAAAAGCGUUUGAAGAUCUGGAGAAGAAAGAUACAAUAGCUUGGACCGUUGUGAUCAUUGGGUUAGCCAGUCACGGCCACGGGAAUGAAGCAUUGAGUAUAUUCCAGAGGAUGCAAGAGAAAGGUAAUGCUACACCUGAUGGAAUCACAUAUCUCGGGGUCUUAUAUGCGUGUAGCCACAUAGGUUUAGUUGAGGAAGGACAGAGAUACUUUGCAGAAAUGAGAGAUCUUCACGGCUUAGAACCAACAGUUGAACACUAUGGAUGUAUGGUUGAUAUCUUGAGCCGUGCUGGUCGUUUUGAAGAGGCAGAGAGAUUGGUAAAGACUAUGCCGGUAAAACCCAAUGUUAAUAUAUGGGGUGCAUUGUUAAAUGGUUGUGAUAUACAUGAAAAUCUCGAGCUCACUGAUCGGAUAAGAUCCAUGGUUGCUGAGCCAGAAGAACUUGGUAGCGGAAUCUAUGUUCUUCUAUCUAAUAUAUACGCCAAAGCUGGCCGAUGGGCUGAUGUUAAGCUAAUUAGAGAAUCCAUGAAGAGCAAAAGGGUAGAUAAAGUUUUAGGUCAUAGUUCUGUUGAAACAAUGUUCUAA